AUGAAAAGUAUAUUCUCGGUUGCUUCGAUGAAAAGUCUUUUAAUCAAGUCUUCUAAGAUUCCAAAUAGUUUCUCAUGGAAAUGGAAUGGAUGGGUUCCAAAGAAAAUAAAUACUUUCAUGUGGAAGGUUGUGAACAAUAACAUCCCUACAAUGCUAGCUCUUAAAGGAAGACAAGUGAAUGUGGGCGAUACUUUAUGUAAACUAUGCGGAGAAGCAGAUGAAGAUGCAGAUCAUCUCUUGACCUCUUGCUUGAUAACUACAAUUGUGUGGCAGUUUAUUAGUGAAUGCUGCAACACCUCAAGUCUGUUUGCCUUCUCAACAAAAGACUUGAUCAAUAUUCACAGCCAUGUGAAGGCUAGCAAGAACAAGAGGAAGGGUAUACAAGCAGUGAUCUUCACGACUGCAUGGUGUAUCUGGAACGCUAGGAACGAGGCAGUUUUUCAAAACAAGGUGAUAGGUAUUAAUAAGAUGUUGGAAAACAUUAAAGCACUAGGCUAUCUUUGGGUUAAGAAUGGAUCCCCAUGCUCAAAUUUAGAAUGGAAAUAA